AUGACACUUAUACAACCGCGAACGGCGACCACUACGGCCGAAGGCUCCGCUGAAGAGCGCUCGUUCGCGUACUUCCGCAGAAAUACUUCUGCACAGUUCGCCGCUCCUUUUGGCAACGAGUUCUGGGAGUCUCUGGUCUUACAGAUUGGAGAGCGGGAGCGAUGCGUGAAGCAAGCCAUCGUGGCGCUGGGCGCUUUGCAUGAGUCUUUCAUGGAAGAGCAUCUGGUACCACAUCUUCGGUCUCCACUACCCCCAUACCCGCUGCAUAAGCCGAGCUGGAAUCUUACCAAUCUAGCUACUAAAUCAUACACCUCUGCCCUCCGUGGAUUGAAAGAAUACAUACUGCCUGGUACGUUUGCUGGCUUGCACAUCCCCCUGCUCUGUUGCAUCCUCUUCACCUCGUUCGAAUGGCUCCGAGGCUCUUAUGCGGCUGCAACAACACACCUCAAAUCCGGCCUGUACAUCUUACGUCAAUGGUCGUCCUCAGCGUCAACGAAUACGCCAACGGCACACUUCAUUCGCAAACAACUAGCGCCCAUGUUCGUUCGGCUUAGCAUUCAAGCACGCACCUUCUCACAGGACAUCGUCCCUGUACCCUGGCUCUCCAACGGCCUUAUUGCUCCCCUCGCCGCAGAUGUUAUCCAAAAAGAUGAAGAGCACAUCCGCGCCGCACGCAACGCGCUCGAUGUUCUGUGCGGCGAAGUCUACCUCGAUUCUUCUAGCCAGAAUUUGUUCUCCAGAGACUUUAAUAUAAGUCAGCCCGCCUCAUUCGACUUCUCCUUACGCCUCGGAAAGUGGUUGACAGAGUAUCACGAGCAUCUCUUGCCGCUAUCGUCACCACCACCGGAUGAUUCACGCCCUGAGAACGUCAACCUGACGCUAUGGUACACGAUACUUAGUCUAUUGCAGGCCACAAGCUGGAUUGCUGAUCCCAUGGCGCUCGACAAGUAUACGGCGCAGUUUAGACAGAUAGUCGAUCUGGCUAGGCUCCUCUCAUGGUCAAGCAGUUCGCCUCCUCUAAUCCCGCGUGAACAUAGAGCGAAUUCGGAGGUGCUAGGCUCGUCUCGGUUUCGCAUCGAUAUGGAGAUUGUGCCCAUGCUAUAUCAUGUUGCAAGCAAGUGUCGACACCCCGCUCUUCGACGAGAAGCCAUCGUCUUACUACGCAGCGGUGCGAGCCGGGAAGGACUUUGGGAUGGAUGGGCUGCUGCAACACUCGCUGAAGAUAUCAUGACCACCGAAGAAGAGGGAUCUAAUGGGGCAGAGAUGUGUGGGCCGGAGGGUAUACCUCAAGGGCAGCGUGUGAUCAAGUUGGAAGAGGUGACGGAUCUACAGGCUCGCACAACGAGAGUGCGAUUUCAGAAGUUCGGAGAGGAUGAUUACGGGAAGUGGAAGACAUUGACGUGGUGA